AUGAUAUCUGCACAUGUAUUACAACAAACCAUAUUAAUACAUUAUUGUUACUUUGCUCUAGGUGUUUCCCGUAAUGUUUCUGUGGAUAAGGAACAGAUACUAUCCAAACGUAAAAAUGAAAAUGGUUGCAUUCUGGAGACUUUGUACUGCACAGGGUGCUCACUCAGCCUCGGCUACGUGUACAGGUGCACACCCAAGAAUCUGGAUUACAAGAGAGACUUGUUUUGCCUCAGCGUUGAAGCCAUUGAAAGUUACAUUUUAGGGUCCUCGGAAAAGCAGAUUGUGUCAGAGGAUAAAGAACUUUUUAAUCUUGAAAGCAGAGUUGAAAUAGAAAAGUCUCUGAAGCAGAUGGAAGAUGUUUUGAAAGCAUUACAAACGAAGCUGUGGGAGGUUGAAUCAAAAUUGUCCUUUGCCAGUUGCAAAAGCUGAAAUCUCUUCCAAGUGCCCCACUCUGGACUCCCUGCUGAUGGACCCUUCUUUCAUAUGUAGCAAUUCUGGUUAUCAUUUGAUUUCACCUAGAAUGGAACGAAUUCUAAAUGGUUGUAUGUAUAUGUGGUAUUCUCUUGUAUUGUCAAGUGAAAAGAAUUGUAGAAUUACUUUUACGAUAUAGUCAGUGGUAGAGAGAUGGGUAUUUCCUGUUUGAAACUUAAAGCCAUUUUAUGAUACUGAAAAUUUAAUGAAAACAAAUAGCUUUUGUUUUGAUAAGAAACUGCCAUGAUUUUCUGAAUUGUUUCCUCUGUAUCGAAUUCAUUAUUCAUUUCCUUUAAAAAAUUUUUCAUUCACCUUUAAUACUUUGGGAAAUAUUUAAUAUUGAAUGGCAAGAAAAUCUUAGAGGUUUUAUCACCCACUGUGCGAUUGAAUCUCUCUAAAAUGGAUGCAUAAAGCUCUCUGAAGAAACUGGUCAGUUGAAUUACUUGUCAGAACUGUUUGAAAACUAGCACGGGAGCAGAAUAGCCUAUAUUCUAGUGGUAGUAGAAUUCCACUCAAUCUGCUUCUUUACUACUAUAUGCCCCCCAAAAUCUGGAAUAAUAUUUGCCAAAGAGACUGGUAGUCAACUCUGAGGGUGGGAUUCUGGGGAAUUUUCAGUCCUCUGUAGUGUGAGACUUAUAGCAAGCAUGUGCUAUUUUUAAAAUCGGGGGAGAAUAAAGAUUAAAACAAA